GCUGCGGUUUGAGCGGACACAGCAUUACGUAGAAGCCUUUGUUGAGCGCUGCAACGGGGAUGUGGUAGUGUCUGCCUCUACCCGAGAGUGGGCCAUAAAGAGGCACCUGUACAGCCCUAGAGGAGUGACGGCGUGCAGAAACCUCGGCUACGUCAUGGCACAGCGCUGCUUGGAAGCAGGAAUCAACUUUGUGAACUUCAAAGCCAUCAUCCCCUGGGAGCGUCGCUGUGACUCG